AUGUCUUGGCAAACAUACGUCGACACUAACCUUGUGGGCAGCGGGAUGAUUACGAAAGCGGCGAUUCUCGGACAGCAAGGCGGUGUGUGGGCUACGACGGCUGGGUAUAACCUCUCCCCAGAGGAGCAGAAAGCCGUGAUCAACGCGUUUGUGGACCCAACCUCCACGCAAGCCAGUGGUUUCCGUCUCGCGGGUCAGAAGUACUUCACGUUGCAGGUGAACGACAGAAGUAUUUAUGGGAAGAAGCAGGCUGACGGCGCCGUCAUCGUCAAGACGAAACAGGCCAUCCUCGUCGCGGAAUAUGCUGCACCGAUCCAAGCCGGCCAAGCGACACCCAUCGUCGAGAAUCUCGCUGAUUAUCUGAUCAACGUGGGAUACUAG